AUUAAAAAAAUCUCCGGUGCAUACUGCGGUCACUACCUGCCGGCGGUGACGCCCAUAAACAGAGGAUUCUCAUUCCCCCUUUUCAGAUUUUUGAUAUAUUAAAAACUCAAACUUUACUUAAAAAAUUCCAUUAACUUUUUAAAAUUAUGAAGAACUGAUUGAGAGCUGGUUGAUGGGUAGUUGAAAACGACGCCAGUAUCAGACAUCAACUUCGUUGACGUGAUUUUUAGCUCCAGAGAUGUUGUGUAGGAAGAAUUCCAGUCGGGACGACGACGGAGGAUCGGUGCCGGUGUCUCUGAAUGUGUAUGAUCUCACACCCAUUAAUGGGUAUGCUUACUGGCUUGGACUUGGGGUUUAUCAUUCUGGGGUUCAAGUUCAUGGUGUUGAAUAUGCAUUUGGAGCUCAUGAAUAUCCAACAACUGGGAUUUUUGAAGGCGAGCCAAAACAGUGUGAUGGAUUCACAUUCAGGAAGACAAUCUUGGUAGGAAAAACAGAUAUGGGGCCUGCAGAGGUCAGAAGAGUGAUGGAAGAUCUUGCAGAGGUUUACAAAGGAAAUGCCUAUAAUUUGAUUACCAAAAAUUGCAACCAUUUCUGCAAUGAUGCCUCUAUCAGAUUGACUGGGAAUCCAAUCCCAAGUUGGGUUAAUCGCCUUGCUAGAAUCGGCUUCUUCUGCAAUUGUGUUCUUCCUGCCACUUUAAACACAACUAAAAUUCAGAAUAAUAGAAUCGAGGGUAAGCCUUGUGAUGAUGGAGAGAAGAAGAAAUUGACAAGCGAUUCCAACAGAUUCACAUCUUCAAAUUCAUCAUCAUCUUCAAAUUCAUCACCUUCCAGCACUCAAGUACGCGGUAGAAGCAGAAACAGACGUGCACUUCCUCCAUCCUCACCUUUGAUUCUGGGUUCUUCCUCAUCAUCUUGAUGUUCACUUGAGAUACUCUAAUUUAUUUCCAUAUGCCCAAAAGAGGGGAAAAAAAAGCUAAGCAAAUCAAUGAGUUUCUUUUUCCUUUUCAUUCUUUAUCAUGUGAUUUUAUUAUGCCGCUAACAUUGUGUUGAGAAAUGUUGCAGGGCAUGCAUCACAUAUCUGUACAUGUGUACCAUGGUAUAAUUUUUUUGGCAAGAAAUGUUGUGUCUCUGCAGAUUUCAUCCAAUUUAACCUUAUUUUCCGGUAGCCAAAACAUACUAUUGUUUUCUUAGUAAUUUAUAUUGCUAAUCAAGCAUCACAUUUCGU